GAGAGAGAGAGAGCGAGAGAGAGAGAGCAGGUUGCAGAACAGAAUCAAUCAUUGAUAUGGAUGAUCUACCAACGGGUUUCCGGUUCUACCCCACUGAGGAAGAACUGGUUUCUUUCUACCUCCAUAACAAGCUCAACGCCUCAAGACCCGAAAUUGACAGAAUCAUUCCACUUCUCGAUAUCUACCACUACAAUCCCUCCGAUCUCCCACAACUAGGCGGAGAGUAUAGCCCGGCGGACGCGGAGCAGUGGUUCUUCUUCAUUCCCCGGCAGGAGAGAGAGGCCCGUGGCGGCAGGCCGAACCGGUUGACCGAUCGGGGGUACUGGAAAGCCACUGGAUCUCCGACCAACGUGUAUUCCAGUGAGAAUCGCGUGAUUGGUAGGAAAAGAACUAUGGUUUUCUACGUGGGACGAGCUCCCAACGGCAGGAGGACCGUGUGGAAGAUGAAUGAGUAUAAAGCUAUUCAAACUGAUAAGGGAACAAAUAACCCUAUGCAGAAUCUACAAAACAUCAAAAUGCUUGAGAGCUUUCGACAGGCGGACCACCAGCAUGAUGACCGUCAUGAGGCGGCGGCAGACUCAACAUCCAACAUUGAUCAACACAUAGUACUACCGACGAUAACUGACUGGUCGUUGGAUAGUUCAUCCUCCGGCGACCCAAUCACCGUUAUAAAUCCGUCGCAGCCUGCGGAGAUGACGAGCGGAAACUACCAGGAUAUGGGCAGUGAGCUCUUCUUGGACUGGGAGCAGCUCAGCUGGUUUGAUUGAUUAUGUGAAACAAUAAGGACCUGAUGCUGAUCAUGUGAUUAACUUCCAACCAUUUUGGAGGUUAAUUUAACUGAUUUUUGGAGUUAAUAAGGAAAGCUGCUAACGAGGUAGUUCAUAGUUGUAUGUACGUAUGUCCAUGAGAAUGUAUGACACAAGUAUAUGAUACACGAAUUCAUUUCGAUAAUUUUGUUCAAUAAUUUUAAUAUUUUCAUAUAUUCGAAAAUAUAAGUGGCUAAAAUUUGCCAUCUCUACAUUUUUUU